AACUACAACAACUGACAGAAAAGUAGAAUCAAAUAGAAAAUGUAAUGACGAGUGCAAUAAUGAUAACACCAUGACAAGCAGUGCAAUUAAUACACCAUCAUCAAUGCAAUCACCAUCAUUGUCCUCAACACCGUCUUCUUCGUCGUCGUCGUCAACCUCAACACCUCUUACAACAGAAGCAACCAAAGCAGCAAAAGCAUCACAAGAAAAACCAACAUCACAACCAACAACCACAACACCAUCGUCAUCCAAAGGACAUGAAGUAUUAACCAGGCCCGGUGAUAAAUUUGGAUUUCAAGCGACAGCUUCUGGCGGCAAUGGAUUUAUUGGCAACACCACUUCAAAUAGUAGUAGUAGCAGUUGCUCCUGCUCUUCGUCAUCGUCGUCGUCGUCCAAGUCGUGUAAGUCGUCGAAACCAACGAUAGUGGCGGCAACACCAAGAACAGGCUCAGUAGCUGUUUGUAAUGGAGCAGUUGUCAUCGUCAAUGGCAAUGGUGAUACUUUAACCAAUAUGACCCGAAAUAUGAACCUCAGCGCCAAGGAUCGAAUGUGUCUAUCACAAGAAACAGAUUCGAUGGCAAAAUGUGAUAAGAAUAAUUCUUCCUCUUCUUCGUCGACUUCGACUUCGUCGUCAUCAACAUCGUUGAACAACGAUGACAAAAAUAAGCUAAACUUUAUUACUCUGGAUGAAUUGAAUGACUCUGAAGAGGAUCCGUAUUAUGUGUUGCAGGAAUAUUUGGAGCGUGUGAAGACAGAAAUCAACGAAGUCUUCGAGCAGUACAAACAGUCCAAACAGCUGAAUGACAUAUCGACCAGAUGUACGGAUGCAGAUAUGGCUGUGGCAGCCGAUGUCGUCAACCAGAUGGUGGCUGACAACAAAUUGCCAUCCAAUGAAAUGUCAUGUCGUCUAAAUGGUACCACCGCCGAGAUCGACCGGGACAGGAGCAGUAAUAUGAAAGUGAAUGAAUCCAGUAGUAGCGACACAAAUGGCUUCUCCAGCUCAUCUAACAGCGGCCGCUACUUAACAGUGCCGGUUGUUCCUUCCGAAUACAACAACCAUCAACCGUCUUCUUCGUCGGCUCCUGCAACACCAUCUCCAUCAGCCAUAAUGUCAACAAACACGUUUCCUAGUCUAAAUCAUGGCAAUGACCAAACUGAGUCAACUCCAUGCAGCAGCAAUGCUAACAGUCGCGCGUCCACACUCAAGCGAUUGAAUAGUCAGAACGCUUCCAGUUGUUCACCGGCCGAGUAUCUACAGCAGAGCCAUGAUCCCAGUGAUGACGUUAACAUAUGGGCUAACAAAUUCCUGCGGGAUUUGGACAACUUAAUGGGAUCAGAUAAAUGGUCCGCCGUUGUCCCCAGUUCCCCGAUCAGUAAUGGUGGAACUUCCGUCGUCGUCAGUACCCCGAACAGCACUGCUGCUGCUGGUCCCUCCAUGAAGAUCAGUAUUCCAAGACCUGAGAAACAUGUAACCAUUCCAUUACAAUCGUUUAACCUUGAUUGUCGUCGUCCACUUGAUGCAUCACUGAAUGCCGCCAAGCUUUUAAAUCCCGGCGGUAUUUACUUGAGAACAUUGUCCGCACCCAAUGCUAAUGACAGUAAUCAUAGUCCAGUCAAUACCAAUAACAAAACCAACAACAACUGUCGCCUCCUGCCAAAGAAUACCCCUGGGAGUAGGACAGUGUUGAAAAUUGAAGAAAAUGACGCCAUCGCUGCCGAAGAAAGACGCCGUAGAAAAUUUGAAAGUGACAUAGAGACGACGUCAGUUUCAAACGCAAACUCGAACCAAAGCCAAGCGGCGGCACCUGCCGCCGCCAGUGGCCCUACUACCGUGCAACCAAAACGGGAGCGAGUCACAUUAGCGCCCAAUAGCAAUCCCACUGGCUACCAAUUGCAACAUCCCAACAACAAUAACAACGAUACCACCAAAAAAGGAUCUACAUCGACAAUCUGGACAUCGGAGGAAUCGAUUCUGAGGAGUGUUGGCGCCGCCGAUGAAGACAACAACUCCACUUCAUCGUCGGCAUGUGAGGAGGCAUCUGGAGUAUUAAGCUCUGGCAAGUCUGGCCUUUCUCUAGACUCCUCCGGGCUGGACAAUGACAAUAACGAAAGCGGCAUUGGCACAGCGACGCCACCAAAAGAUUCUGGAUUCUGGAAGAAUACAACAGACAAUGAUUCGAUGACAAGCAGCCUGGAUGCCUUGAGGAAGAUCAAAUUCCAGAAGGGCAGCUCGGUGGCCUCGUCAGAUGAUCCUGAUUUAUUGGAAGUGCUCAGUCUGUACGACGAAACGCACGACGAUGAUGCAGAUGACAUUGGCAUCCACCACGACCACGACCAAGACCACGACGACCAUGACCAUGAAGAGUUCGAGACGGGCACUUUCGAUGGAUAUGACAGUGGCAGUGGCAAAGGGGUGGUCCUUCGGAGGAAGUCAAAUUUGCAAAUAAACGACAAUCAUGGGGGCAGCAAGGAUUCCGCCAUUCAUUUGCUUCCAUAUUUGCCACCGCGAGCACCCAAGAGUCGCAGUCAUUCGUUGGAGGUGGCAUCGCCUUUGCCCAUGCCUCUGCCACUUAGACACGAGCUGAAGGCCAACAAUAACAACAAUAACUAUCGGGAUAAGGGAAGACUGUGUCUGGCCUUGCGGCAGGAACCAUUUCAGAGUAUUAUGCCGACGAAUUUCCAUGAGCUACCAUCACCCAGCAGUGCUUCGUUGCAUAGUGGUCACGAGAGUUUAGGCAUGCAGGAGUUGACGACAAAGUCGAAUUCUGCACCACUGCUUCUGAAGAAGGAGCGAAAACGUGACGAUUUCGGCGGACAAAAGCAGACGCUGAGAUACUCCCGAUCGCAGAGUGAUAGAUAUUUAGCAGAAAUCGAAGCCAUCGAAGCUUGUAAAUGGCUCCGUGCAGCUGGUUUCCCACAAUAUGCCCAAAUGUAUGAAGAUCAUCAAUUUCCUAUCGAUCUGACAAAUGUUGCCAAAGAUCAUACAAAUUUGGAGAAUGAUCCAUUGCAGUCGCUAUAUCGGCGUUUAUGUAUAUUAAACCGAUGUGCCACAAUGCGAUUGGAUAAUAGUCAUAAAUCACACACUCCACAGAAAGAAGAUUCAGACGAUGAAAAUUGUGCUCUAAGUGAGAAUUGGACAUUCCAGCCACACAUUCGACGUUGGUCUCGCAUCGGCGAAAUGGGCCUCGAACUCCCCACCAAACUCACAUCACAGGAUAAAAACGAAAGCUCUUCGAAGGAAUCCUCACCCGAUCGAUUCGAAGAUGACGAUACCUAUGACAUUGCUGGUGAAACUCUUAAUCUCUCUAUGCCAAAUGAAAAUGAACAAGCCGAUGGAACGCAACAGAAUGAUUCCGAUUCAUCGGCGGUACGUUUGCGACGUACUGGUAGCGAACGCUUAAAAGAUGGUGCAAAAGCUUUUCUUCGACGAGUCGAAUCGAUCAAGUCACGUCGAAGGAAACGUCAAAAUCGUGAGGGUAUUGUUAUAAGUGGCCCUCAAGCUCUAGACUUAUCACAGCUAGGUCAGAGAGUUGUCCGUAAGCCGGAUGCAGUCUACUCAACACCACCCUCACCUUCAGCAGUUAGCCCAAUGCACAUGUACCCGAAAAGUCCUCUAUUCCAACAUCAUCAUCUCAAUCAACAUGACUUGAAAGUUCCAUCGCAAAGUGACAAUUUCCUUAGCCCAAAUCGGAUAGCUAGUCCGAAGAGAACACCCACGACACCGCGAUCAAUGCGAACCAGUCCAUUGCACUUUUUUGGUGCUCCUCCAAUGCCACAUCUGAGAGAGGGCAAAUCCGAUGAUUCAUCAUCGUAUUACAGUGAUAGUCAGGAGUCCUCGUCGACUGGCGGUGGAAAGCUUACAUUGUCUCUGCGAAAAGCUCCAUCAAAGUCGAGAAGAUUCCUCCAGAGAACUGGCAAGGUCGAUGAUAUUGGUACACAUUCCGAUUCUGAAUGCCAUCAAGGCAGAAAGUUUGUCUUCAAGGAUUCCAAUUCGAACACUACAGAGAUGAAAGUGAAAAAGCUCACUCGUGGUGGAUCAUUGAAUCUCGGAAAGGAUUCGAAGAAACGAGAUGGUUUCAGAUCAGCUAGUUUUCGAACCCGAUCACAGGUGCGAAAAGAUCACAAGACUUCUGAGAGUGACACUGAAAAUGUGAAGAUAGUCAGUAAAAGUCCUGUUGUCCGAUGGCAUAGUUUCCAAGAAGAAGAACGCCCACACAUGAUCUUCAAAAAAUGCUUCACUCGCAAAGUUGAAACAGAAAAAACCGAAGGAAUGUCAUUUGCGGCAAUGUCUUGUGGCCAAUUGCAGAUUAUUCGCAAACUUGCUUUGGCCAUUUUAACCGGUUAUAUGGAACGGUACUGCCCCACACAUCGUUCAGGAUGGAAUUGGGAGUUGCCAAAAUUCAUAAAGAAGAUCAAAAUGCCUGACUAUAAGGAUAAAAAGGUCUUUGGAGUUCCAAUUCUUCUAACUCUCCAAAGAACGGGACAAACUCUCCCAAUGCCAGUCAGAGCAGCUUUUCGAUGGCUUCAAUUGAAUGCUUUAGAUCAGAUUGGUUUGUUCCGUAAGUCUGGAGUUAAGUCGAGAAUAUUCAAGCUCAAAGAGCGUGUUGAGGUGGCGGAAUCAUCUGGCGAGUGUAUGGAUGUCUUUGACACCCAGCAAGCCUACGAUGUGGCUGAUAUGGUGAAACAGUAUUUCCGGGACCUACCCGAGUCUUUAUUGACAACAAAGAUGUCAGAGACAUUUGCAGCGAUAUUUCAACAUCUUCCACUCGAUGUACGUUUGGAUGCAGUCCAAUGUGCUGUUUUAUUACUGCCCGAUGAGAACCGUGAGAUUCUCUAUGCUCUUCUUGAGUUCCUCACUCUGGUCGCUGAUAACUCACAGUAUAAUCAAAUGACAGCUAAUAACUUGGCUGUGUGUUUAGCGCCAUCUUUGUUCCAUAAUAGUCUCUCAAUGGGAAGUACUUCGGUUGCGGCUUCGCCAAGGCGAAAAAAGAACGCUGGCAUUCCAGAUGCUAAAGAACUUUCCGAAGCUAAAGCAUCACAUGAGUGUUUGUCGUUUAUGAUUGACAACUAUCGGCAGAUUUUUACAGCUUCUCGGGAGAGGAUAUCCAAAUGUAAUUUUGGAUAUAUGGAAGAAUCUAAGCCAGUACCGUUAGAAGCUUUAGGAGAAGGGAUGCAGUUUCACAAUUGGCGGGGUUAUUUGUAUGAAUGUACAAAUGCCACCAUCAAGGAAGGCAGAGAGAAGUCUCGCGGAUGGUUUAGUACAGGAUCCUUAGACCCAAAUGUUGAUAUUGCCUACAAGAAGGUUGGCGAUGGUCAUCCUUUGCGUUUGUGGCGAUGUACAACAGAGGUGGAGGGACCACCUCGAGAGGUGCUGGAGUAUGUCCUUAAACAAAGGGCGUCGUGGGAUGUUAAUCUUCUACAAAGUCAAACUAUAAAGAAAUUAGAUGAAAGAACUGAAAUAUUCCAGUAUGUCUUCGAUGGACAAAUUUGGACGGACUUUUGUGUGCUAAGAUCUUGGCAAACCGAUCUGCCUCGUGGAGCUUGUGUAAUAGUGGAAACUUCAAUUGAUCACCCAAAGGCAAAGUCAGUAUUUGGUAGCGUGCGUGGAGUUGUCCUUGCCUCGAGAUACCUUAUCGAACCAUGUGGUAGUGGCCGAUCAAGAGUAAUGCAUUUGGCCAGGGUCGAUAUAAAGGGUAAAACACCAGAAUGGUAUAAUAAGAGCUAUGGACAUAUUUGCUCGCAUUACUUAUCAAAGAUUAAAUUGGCCUUUAGGCAUAUAGCUGAAGGUCCUGAAAGUAAAGUGUGAUUGUAGUUUAAAAAUUAAUUAAGUCUUACUAAAAAAAACAUCACUAAACAAAAAAUCUAAAUAUAUUUAUCUACUUUAAAAAAAAAAAAACUUACAUAAAAAAAUGUAAAUGUACAAUGCGUUUCAAAAUGACAACUUAAGUCUCAAAAUGGCAUUUACUUUGGACUUUUGUCCAUGAAAUUAAAUUUAAAAACAAAACAAAAAAAAUGAAAAUAAAAUCCCAGAAAUAAUACAAAAAUUAUAAUAUAUUGAUAUGAGGACCAAUAUUGAGGAGCUGUCAUUUUUGACAUCUAAAAAAGCUAUUUAUUUAAUGUUUUUUUCUGUCAAAUUUAAACAUUUAACAAAAUGAAAAAUAUGCAAAUGAAAGUAUUUUACUUGUAAA